AUGGACACAUGGAGCCCUUGGUCGUCUUGGGCCUACGAUCAGGAACAACAGAUUACGUAUCGUGUUCGGCAGGACAGAAACGAUUAUGAUUACAACUAUGAUACCCCUCGAGAAUCUGGGGAUGUUGCGGGAAUAACUCAAAGCCUAGGAAAUACCCGUCUCUCUCCCUCUUCCUCGAGCUACGAACAGCAGCCACCCAAUUCACCAGCUAGUCAUAAGGACAAGGAACGGUCCAAAGCAUCCAAGUCGAAAAGCAAGGACAAGGACAGGUCAUCAAAAGAGAAGAGCAGCAGCAGCAGCAGCAGCAAACAUUACUCGCAUGAUAAGACUUCUCCCUAUCGUAAAGGGUAUGGAAGCUCUUCAGCUUCGGCGUCUUCUCACGGCCUUGGAAGCUCUUCCACCACGCCGCAACAGAGCUCCCAUCCCCCCUCAUAUGAUCAAGCACAGUCACAAUACUCAUAUGAUACGCAGAAAUACGUCAUGCCAGGGGACUACCAGACAUCGGAGGCACCUUACGCAUCUACUCAGGGCUCUGGCUAUGCUACGACUCAUGCUCAACAGCCGCUGCCACCAGGCUACGAUGAUAUCCAAAACCUGACAUAUGGCAUGGGUCAAGCUGCGGCCGGCCCGUCAGACUUGAAUUACUCUGUUUCAGCACAUACCUACGAGCAAGAGGAUGAUGGCGCUUCCACUCCUCGAAAUUACAUUGCCGCAGAUAUGGGAGAUGAAUUUGACGCAAUUGAUCCAAGGUACCGAGUUGAACACUCAAAUAAAUUCGAGCCUGGAGCGAUUUUCAAGGUGCUCUGGUCCGAACCCAAAGGAUCCGCGGACGGUCCAAAACAUCCCAGUGUUUCUGGGAAGCAAGAAGUACAGAACAAAUAUGGUGCGAAAUUCCAUGUGGGAUUUCGCCGCUUCAUCGUGAUCGCAAAUGACCAUGGGCAUUGUACCUGCGUCCCGAUUCUCACCUAUGGCGGCAGAGGCUGUAAGAAGUCUGGUGUUAAACCCAACAAGCAUGGAAUCGUUUACGAAGCAGGCCAGAGACCUCGCCAGGUCGAAGGUGAGCCUCGGCUAGGAUUUCAGGCCGUUCAGGUUCACCUGACAGAAGAUGGUGAGAAACUUUCCAGAGAGUCUCGCGUAAAUUAUUCCAAGCUGGUGACUAUUGAACACAACGUCAAUGUCUUUUUCAUUGGAUUUGUUGCGCAAAAUAGCUGGCCCAUUGUUGAGGAAGCCGUCAAUCAAUGUUGGGACCAAAAGGUCCACCACCGACAUCCAAAGCAUGAGAGAUAG